ACAACAACAACAAAAGAAGGCGCAGUCGGGGGAUCGAGGAGGAAACGGACUGAAAGGAAAAAAAGAAAGAAAACUCAACAGCACUGUGACUCCCGAUGAACAGUCCAUAAAUUAACCUUUUUAUAUUUUAUUUCUUCCGCGAAGAAGCCUCAAGUUUUUCUAUUUUUCGAAAAGUAACACAUCUACCUCGGUUUCAAGGAUUUUAAUCACGAUCUGAACUCGUUUACAUCUCCCCCUUCUGCCGCAGGGUUUUUUUGUACUUUUGCACUCGUUGAAUUGAUCCUGACGUUGAGCGAUGUCCAGCCUCUGUCUGCUGGUCCUCAGAAGAUCCAUGACCACACAUCAUUGAUGCACUUUAGCACCUUUCCGGAGCCUUCCUCCCGCUGUGAACCUUGCAGCUGAUGACCAAAGCGACCGCAACACACCCCGCCGUUGCCCCGAGCCACGUGGCCUCCCUUAACCGCACGGCCCAGCAGGACGUCCCGGGAUGUUCCAGAGGUUUGCCAGCGCUCUCUUUGGGGACGAUGUGGAGGAGCUGAGUCGAUGCAGCAGACCCGUAGACAGCAAAGGGGAGGAGGAAGAAGAGGAGGAGGAGGACUGGAUUCUGGUUAACUACCUAGCUGAAGCCUGUGCUGGUCAGUGUGGGAACGUCCUCUCAGGAUCCACUGUCAACCCCCAGGAGGAAGAGGAGGAGGUGGAGGAGGAGGACCUUGUGAUGAUCCCCUCCCCUAUGGCUAGCCCCCCCAUCCGCUACGCCUCCUGCACCUCCCUCAACUCCACGGCUGACACCGACCCGGACGGCGGCGCUGAGGAGGACGAAGAUGAUGAUGAUGAGAAUGAUGAGGAGGGCGGGUUCCUUCGUCUGGACGCCUGCUCCAUGGAGGAGAGCUGGUUCGUCACGCCACCGCCCUGCUUCACCGGCCGAGGCAGCAAGCCUGUCCUCCUGGAGACCAGCCCGCUGGAGAACCUGCUGAUCGAACAUCCCAGCAUGUCCGUGUACGCCCACCACAGCCCCCCACGACUCACCCACGACCCCCUGCCACGACGGUCACUCAACCGGGAACGGGACUUUUUGUCCGGCAAUAUGGCUGCCACCCCGACAGCCUCAGGUGGAAAGGAGAAGUCAAGACGCACACUAGAAGGUCCUCGUCACAGGCCGGAGGUGGCAGUCGUCCAGCGGCGUACCAGCCUCCACUCCCCCUGCUACGCUGCGGCACUUUCCGCCCACAGCAGCCUCCUGCAGCAGCGCCCGGGUAACGCUACCCAGCGCGCCCAGCCGCUGUCCCGCAAGGCCCUGCGUCGCCUCAACCUGCUGCGCCCCCCGAAGGCCAGCACCAUGCACCUGCACCAGCCCAGCCAGAGGCACCUCAACUUCUGAGGUGUCCUGACAGCAUCACCUUCAUCAUCAACACCAUCAUCAACCUCAAUAAGCAGUGAAGGAAUCCAACACUGGCCACCCACAAACACCCACCUCAGUUAUCUUUCUUCUUAUCAAGACACAAACACCAGCAACAAGUUAAUUAAAUCACCAGCCACUGAUGACAUGCUGAUCUGUUCUGUAGUCUGAGUGGACGGUGAAAUAGGGACCGUGGCUGGUGAUUUUGUUUGUUUUUAUUGAAUCAGGUCAUGUGGCCAGUGGACAGUUUCCUCUUCUUCCCUUCUCAUUUUUUCCCUCCUUCAUCCAUCCUACUUAAUAUUGAUGCUGAGAAGAAGGGAUGUGAAGAGAAAAGGUCAUCAUGUGCACCCCUCCUUCUUUACACCCAGCUGUUUCUUCUUGUUUCUUCGAACUAGUUUGCGUCCAAUCACAAGAGAGAAAGAGAUGGUAACAUCCUUUCCUUCUCCGUCUUUCUUCUUCUUCUUCUUCUUCUUUUUGUUCUUUAUGGACAACUUAAUGUGUAGAAUCAACGCUGUAGGUCACUUUACACGGCGGCAGGUUCACAGUGUUGCAGGAUAGUCCAGAGGUGUCAUUUCAGGGUCUCAGAUUGAUGCUUUGGUUGACUGGUAACUUCAUUAGAAUUCUGUUAUAGAAGUUAAGUACAAUGGCUUGACCCAUAUGAAAUAAGUUUUGAAUCCUUGUUUUGGGAUUAUCUCAUGUGUUUCUGUAGUAGUCGCAGGAGGACAUUUACUACACCUCCAUCUAUGUUCAAUACUACAGGUUUGAGCCUAACCCAGAUGUGAAGAUUCACAAUUUUCUUUCUGUCAAAAUGGAGGGUGUCGCAACUGAAAAGUGAAAAACCAAACAGAGAGUUUCAACUAAAUUAGAGUUGCAUCUGACUCAUAACCGACCCAGUGCUGCAGGUGCUUUGCCUUUCAGUCAUGGAUUUUUAGUUUGUGUUACUUCCUUUGUGACUGUGGCCGUGGCAGGAAUCUGACACUUAUUAAUCCACUUGAACACAUUUUAUCUGUAUUUAAUCGGUUAUUUACUAAAUAAGAAGAACACCACAGUUACAAAUGAAGCCACAAAUGCAAAAGCACCACACCAGCAACUCAGUAUAACAGUGUUAAAUCGGGGAAAUGUGUCUCUUUGAUUCUCUCUUUUGAGUCCUGCAGAACCACCAUUUUGUUAAGAGCGACGUUUCCUUGUUGCUUGUCCUGCUGCGCCACCUGAACCUGCCUCCAACUUUAUAAUUCAGUACUUUUCACAAUAUUUUUUUGAAGCAAAAAAAUAGAAAAAAAGUCGGUAAAAAAUACUGGGUUAAGUAUCACUAAACGCCUUGUUUUAACGGUAGCUUUGAGAUGAAUAGAAAUGUAAAAAAAAAUGUAUGUAAAAAAAAAUUCCAAAAUAUUUUUUGAAAAGAAAAAAACUAAUUACAUAUCAGUAUGAAGUUGGUAUAUAUGCGUCUACGGUUUCUUGCUUAGGUAUGUUUGGUUAUGUUAGUGUGCGAUCUGUUGCAUGGUUAUAAAGUUGUGUUAUCAAGUGUCACGAUGGUGGAAAAAAGAAAAUGAAUUUUCUUUUUGUUUGUUCUUAAAACAAAUCUGCAGUCCACUUCUCAGGGUCACAACCAAUCACCUUUACACUUUAGGAAAAUGCAGAUUUACUUGAUGGCUGAUGAUUCUUUGUGUGAGCCCGGACUUUUCCGGCUCUUUCCAAGCGAGCCUUCCCUUGUAAAAAAAAAAAAACAAAAACAAAACAAAACAAAACAAAAAACUUAGUGAGAAAUAAUUUACUUUUAGUUUUGUGUGUUGAAAACUUCUUUCGGUCCCAGGAUUGUGAAAGUGAACUCCUGACGCUGUCAGUCGACUGUUAGGAAUCCAUCAAGAUGGAGAGAAGCUGUUGGUUUUGUUCAACAUUGUUUAUAUAUGUUUUUUGCUCAAGUGUACCUAUCCUGGUUUUAGAAAUGUACUUUAUGCUUUUUCAACUGUUCUAUUUUCCAUGUUAACUUAGUUACAUUUUGCUAAACUGUUAAAAUAUUUAAACCAAAAAAGUAGCAGUGAUCUUUAACCUUUCACUAGUUUAUAAUACUGAUGAUGUUCUUUUAUGUUGUUUAACUUUUAAGUGUGUUUUUUGCGACCGUUCUUGGCCUUGGCGCUCUGAAAUGGUGGACUAUUUAAUGUUUUAAUGUGUCUGCUCUAGGGAAAGUGGAGCCCGGGCUGAUUUACCACACUGCAGGAGGAAAGAAUCAAUCAAACAGUGACUGAAAGCUAUGGUUGACCAUUACUGCCAAGAAAAAAAAGUCAAAAUGUAGAGAUGUGUAAUGAUAUAAAUUAGAUGUCAUUUUCUUUAACUCACUAUUGUCUUCUCAAGAUUUUCUAAGACUCUUUGGGCAAAAUAAGUUAACACUUAACCCCAUAACUUAACCUCUUGAAUAUUUACACAAACAUGUUAAUACGGUAUACACCCAGAAAAUAAACACAAUAAUUGUGACACAGAAAAAAAUUGGUCACUGAUGAUGAAAACCUUGUGCAGUGUGGUUCCUGAAUCUCCGUAGGAAUCUGACUUCAGUUUGCCUCUGUUGAUGGGAGGAUAGCAUUAUCAAGAAAGCACUAACAAAUGACUGUUAGGUGUGGUUUGCUGUAAAUAAUCAAUAAUGGUGUGGUUCUCUGGUGUAUUUAAGCUUUUUUUUCUGGAAUGUCUCUCUCUCUACUAGUGAGCUUUGCAAUCAAGGACGAUGUUAUUUUGUGUUACUACGAUUCGAAAAAAGACGAACUUAAAGACAGAAGGGAUCGGAGGAGAUUGUCAGAGGCUCCUCUUGCUGCCAGGAGCCUUAAAUUCUUUUAUCUGUUUUGUAGUUUCUGUUCUCAGCUCAUCUCUCCAUCAUCAAACAAACAGGGAUUUGUAAUGUUUUUUUGUUCAAUGCCUUGAAAUUUGUGGAUCACGUGCCUUCCAGGUUGAAAUGUUGUAAUGACAAUGCAUCUAUGAAGAACUUGAACUUUUUUUUCUUUUUUGUUUCUUUUUUAACGUUCCCAGUGGGACGUAAUAAAUAAAAACAAACAGACAUCAGAUACCAACUAUGCAUCACUCGGACGAAGGAAGCUUGUAUGCUCUCGCCACCACCACCACCAUCCGCCCAGCUUUUAUAAUGACUCAACAAACCAGACAGAAUGAUGUAGCAAAACCUCUUUUCUCCUGUUGUUUAUUUGAAAAAAUGUGUGAAGACUGUUUGGUGGCGUUUUUAUUUUUCACAAAGUGUUAGACUUUUUGGGCUUUUUUUUUUUUUUUUUUUUUUUGCUUUUAUGUGUAGUUUACUGGAAUAAUACAGCACUUUGCCAAAAAGAAAAAAAGGUGUAGGACUUUUAGGGUUAACUUUAUAUUUAUCAAUAUAACUGGUCUCCUUCUUUGUAUUUUUGGAUGUAUGAUAGAUCAAUUCAGUUUGUUCUGAUGUCAGGCAGAAAGAAACAAAAAAAGCUAAUUAAAAAGUGGGGUCAUCUGUUUUCGAACUGUUAUAGUUAAUACAUGUGAUCUCUUAUUAGCCUACAAUAAAUGUUUUCAUACACAAA